AUGAAUAUGUGCACGUACAUAAUAAUAUUUAAAAAGGGCAAAUUUUAUGCGACAACAUCUGUUAGCAGUUCUGGAAACAGUCUUGAGGUUUCUGGUAGCAGUAAUGAGAUUUUUGGUAGCCACCCGAAGGUUUCAGGUAGCAGUCUUGUGAUUUCUGGUAGCAGUCUUGAGGUUUCUGGUACCUUAAGGUUUCAGGUAGCAGCUUUGUGGUUUCUGGUGGCAGUCUUGAGCUUGAGGUUUCUGGUGGCCGUCUUGUGGUUACUUGUGGCAGUCCUGGUGACAAUCCUGGUGGCAGUCCUAGUGGCAGUCCUGGCGGCAGUCCUGGUGGCAGUCCUGGUGGCAGUCCUGGUGGCAGUCCUAGUGGCAGUCCUGGCGGCAGUCCUGGUGGCAGUCCUGGUGGCAGUCCUGGUGGGAGUCCUGGUGGGAGUCCUGGUGGGAGUCCUGGUGGCAGUCCUGGUGGCAGUCCUGGUGGCAGUCCUGGUGGCAGUCCUGGUGGCAGUCCUGGUGGCAGUCCAGGUGGCAGUCCAGGUGCUUCUGAUACCGUGGUUUUUCUGCGUAUGGAAAAGUCCACUGAGUGAAAAACAUUGUGCAACAAAUAUUAAUCAAGUAUUACCUGCUUGUAAGAAUACAAGAAUAAAUAUUCAUGGAAAUAAUUCAUCCUGCUCCAUCGAACUUCAGGUUGGAUCACAUGACCAUGGUGCCUGGAGCUGUUUGAUAACCUAUGAUGUUGACUAUCAAACACAGAAAAUGUUCAUAGACCUUGAAGUAAGCCUGCCUCCAUCCGAGGUUAAUAUUUUUGAAAUGAGUUCUCAGCGAGUCAGCAAUAAAACUGAGAAAAAGUCAUUACACGUUGAAAAAGCUGAGGAGGAUAGUUUAGAAGAUUCACUGAUGGAUGAUCAGCUGAUUCAAGGGGAGCCAGGCCAGCUGAUUACUGUCACGUGUUCAGCUUUCAGAGCUUAUCCUCGGCCUGUGUACGCUUGGGAUCUUUAUUCAAACGGAGAAAACGAGAAACCUAGAGAUUUUGAAGUUGUAGAUCAACAGUUUGACAUUGUUGAAAACCAUUACUGGAUCAAUAGCAGCCAAGCAGUCAGAUUUAAAAUGAAAUCAGAUAUGAAUAACUCCUUGCUUAUCUGCUCUACAAGGCAGUAUGACAGGUUGAGCGGAGAUCUAGUUUUAGAAACUCAGAAAACUAUCAAAUUAAUGGUUUCAGCUCCGCCACCUCUUCCAUUCAAAACUUUGAGAGCGAGAACUCGGGGCGUUGUUCUUUUACUAUUUCUUCUUGUAUGUACAACAGGACUUUGUGUUUGUUUAUUGGGUCUUCCUUUAUGCUACUGUAGACGUUGGCAAAAAAGGAAAGACGAUGAUCCUUUCACUAACCAGAUUUCCCAAUCAUGUUCUUUAGAAAGCAUCUCCAAGCUUCCACAAAACAAUAAAGAAAUUUCAACGAUUCAAGAAAUAUAUAAAAACAAUAACCAAAUAACAACAAUUCAAGGAUUAAAACAAAAGAAUGAUGACAGAAAACCAGGGCAUCCAAGUGAUUCAAUGCAUUUACAGUUUGGUCCUAAUGGAUCGUCAUCACAGAGAAGUAUUCCAGAUCAGUUGAAUCGUAGAGAUCAUUCACACCCAACAUAUCCUAGAGAUCAUACAAAUCUCAAAGAUUAUUUAAAUCAUACAGAUUAUAUAGAUCAUAAAAACAGAUAUUCAGAUCUCAAACAUAAAACUCAUUCUGUGAUCAUUGAAACUAAACCUGAAUAUACCUUAGAUCAUGAUUAUCAGAACCAAGAACCAAUUGUAGAUGGAUCAACAAGGAUCAACGGUUCCAGUGAAUACAGAACCAGGAACCAGGGUUCAUUUUAUGAUAGAACCAGACACCAGAGUUCCAUAGAUAGAACUACAGACCACUGUUCCAUUGAUGAUAAUACAAGGAACUUAGGUUCCAUAAACGAUAGAACCAUAAAUCCUGACUUUACCGAUGAUAGAACCAGAAACCAGGGUUCUAUAGAUGACAGGACAAGGAACCAGGGUUCUUUUGAUGAUAGGACAAGGAACCAGAAUUUUAUAAAUAAUAGGACAAGGAACCAAGGUUCCAUUGAUGAUAUAACAAGGAAUCAGGGUUCCAUCGAUGUUAGGACAAUGAGCCAGGGUUCCAUUGAUGAUAGGACACGAAAUAAAGAUUCUACCGAUAAAACCACAGACCCUGAUUCUACUGAGAAUAAAGAUGAAUCUACACCUGUACACGUCUCACCUGACAAAAUGAUUUUAUCCAUCAACAAUCUGAGCAGAAAUAUUCCUGCUAAUAUCUCUGAAUCCUUAUCUGAAGAUUUGAAUGACUCAUCAACCCGAUUGUAUGUGUUUGGCUCUGAGGAGGAGAUGAGUAAGAUAUUUCCAAGUUCUCCGAUAGCUCUGAAGUAUACGGUGAACUCGGGGUACACAGGGGAUGCGGAUCAAUUGGAACCAAAGAAAAAACUAUCCUUAUUCUACUGUAACGAGGGUUGCUUUAGGCAAGAUUCACCGUGCACUCACAGUUUAGAAUCAGUUCCUGGUUCAAUCUUGUAAAUGAUAAACAUUGGUCUACUAUUCACUCAUUCUUAAAUAGUAGAGUUAGAAAUUUAAAUCAAACAAAGUUUUUGAAACCAUAUUCAUGGAUGAAACAAAUAAAAUAAAGGGUUGGAUUAAAAUUGUAUAGGAUAGAGUGGUCGGAAUUUUUAUCAAAACAUUGAUGACGAUUUUUUAUUCAAGUUUAAAUUGUUAACAAGCUUUUUUCGAAUUAAAAGUUAACAAUCAAGCAAAGCGGCAUAAAUUUAAACCGCCGCUCAAAUUCUUUAAAUUCGGCCAAUGGGAAAGGUUUAAAGUCCAAAUAAUUUAUUAAUCCACGUGAACAUGCGUUGAUCAGUUUUGUGGCAUUUACUUUUACAUUCUUUUAAUUGAAGAACUAAGGCUCCCAACGUAUCAAUUUACAUGGAAAUGAACUGAACACGUGCCAAAAACUCUAAUUUUCGAAUCCAUAAAUCUAUGCAACUGGAUAAUGUAACAUUUUAAUUAUUCAAACUAUAUAUUCUGCUUUAUCUUUUUGUGCUAAAUUGGGCUUAAAUGUCAUUUUGUUAUUUAAUCAAAAUGCAUUUUAAACAAAAUCAAAUCAUAUUUAAAACAUGACGUUAGUUAAAUAUGAAAAAAGUGUAAAAAGAACAAACAAAAAAUACAUCUGAAAACACGUAAGCAACGCCCGGACGAAAAAUGCGUGUUCGGAAGAAUUAAAGGUAUAUUGUGACGUUAUUUGUGGUGUGGACAAAAAAAAUGGUGUGGUGUGCCUUCCCCCGCUCAUUGUACACUGAUAGAAAAUAUCCUCUUUAUGUAAUAACGUACAGCAAUAUUCCAUGUUUAAGCUGAAUUUAGUGGAUUUGAUGAAGAAUAUGUAAAUCUAGUUUUAUCAAUUUAAUUUAUUUAUUGAAUAAAAAACUAAUAUGAAGUCA